AUGAAAAAUUUGAAUCAUAAGAACAACCAUUUAGGUAUCCAUUUAUUUCUAACUUUUAGCUAUCAAUGAAACACAAUUUAUUUAUGGAAAAAAACUAGUCAAGAAUAAUUAUUAUUAUGCAGUUAAAUGGUCAGGAUAAUCUAUUUCCCAUAUGUCUUGGGAGAAAUAAUCUAAUUUCACUGAAGAAUCAUCCUAUUUAAUUAGGUAGUAUAUUUCAAUUAUAAAUUUUUAUAUAGACGCUUCGAAACUAGAAUUUGUUAUUUAUUCUUCAAUAAAAAGAUUCACCCCUCUCAAGAUGGUAUAAGAGUUCAUGUUAAAGGCAAAUUUUGUUAAGUUUAUAUUCCUAAGGUUAAUCAAAAAAGUAAAUCUAUUUAAGAUCAUUAAUGGAAAAUAUAAAAUAUUUCAAACAAAUUCAUUUCAACUUAAUCCAUAAUCAAUUAAAACUUAAAAGAUGUUACUCUUAAUACUUAGGAUUCUAAAUUAGAUUCAAAAAGAGUCGUAGUAGAAUUUGCUCAUUUACCUCCUUUUAUAGGAGAAAAAUAGAUCAAAUAGAUGAUUGUUACUACUUAAUCAAUUACAAAUCUAACUUAGGUUGUUAAGUAGGAAUCUACAAUUGAAAGAGAUAUUAAAUUAUUAAACUAAAUAGAAAAAGCUUAAAAAAUAAUAAAUGAAUAAUAAAAAAAUUAAUAAAUAGAAAUUCAAAAUGAGUAACAAAAAUUUAAUCAUUAGAAAUCCUAGAUCUAAAAUAAUAAUAAAAUAUUUAAAAAAAAUUCAAAGAAGUCAAACUCAAAUGAAUAGAAAAAUACAAUUAAUAAGUUAUAAUAAACAAAAAUUUAGAAUAAUUAAGAAUCAUCUAAAAUCAAAAUGAAAAGAUAAACAUUAGAUUAAGAUAAGAAAAAAAAAUAAUAAUUUCAAUCAUCAAGUGAAAUUAUUUCUAUUGAAAAUGAUAAUGAAUCUUUUUAACUAGAAUUAUAAAAUUUUGAAGAGAAUUUUGAUAAUAAAUAAGUAAAUCCAAAUAUUUCACAAACGGUUUAUUAAAAUGAUAAUAGAAGCAGUUAAUAAAUUUUAGAAAGACCCAAUAAAGAAUUAAAAAAGGAAAAAUGUAGAGCAGUAAAAUCAGGAAAUUUAUUAUCAUUUUAAAAUAUAAAUACUUAAAAAUAAGUAACAUCAAUCAUUACUAGUAAUAAUAAUAAUAAUAAUAAUAAUAAUAAUAAUAAUAAUAAUAAUAAUAAUAAUAAUAAUAAUAAUAAUAAUAAUAAUAAUAAUAAUAAUAAUAAUGAUAAUACUUAUUAAUCAAUUAAUAAUAAAUUGAAUAAUUACCAAAAUAAUUUUAAUGAUAAUUCUAGCCUUAAUGAUAAUAACAGUGAUAAUGAUAAUAAAAACAAUUUGAAUAGAUUACAAUUUAUAAACAAAAAUGGCAAUUAAAGCUCUAUAAAUCAUUUUACCUUGCAUUAAAAUAAUAACUAUUUUGAAGAAAAGAAAUUGGAAAAAAAUGCCUCUUUAGAUUAAAUUAAAUGCUAAAAACAAAAUGAAAAUGAUAAUUUAGAUUAAAUUAUAUUCAAAGAACCAAAAUAAUAGAUUCAGGUAAAAACAAGUCAGUAAAUUUAAUAAGAAAUCUAAAGACUUCAUUUAGAUAGAAUUGCUUAAAAUAAACCAAGUAGGUGCAGCGUACCUAUAAUACCAAAAAUAAAAGAUGUAGAAAUUUAAGUUAAUUUAAUUGAUAAUAAUUAAUCAGAGAUGAUUCAGUAUGAUUAAGAAUUAAAUUAAAUAAAAAGUCAAAAUAUUAUCAUUACAACUAUAUGUUCACAUCAGUUAAUGAAUGAGUAAUUGUUUUUUCAAUGUAAAUACGAUAAUGGAGUAGAAUAUUUUGUUGAAUUCGAUGAAUUGAAAGUCUAUAGCCCUAAAAAACUGUUAGAUUAUAUGAAAUAAAAUUCUAUAUUUAUUUGA